GAAAGAGGCAUGCCUAAAUAUGUAACAUUAUAUUACUUUAAAUAAUGUGAAUAGUGGGUAGAAGAAAAAAAUUUGAUAUAAAUCCAUACUUCAACCAUUACGAAUCAUUUUUAGUUAAUCAUGCUCAUUGUAACUAACAUGAAAUCGACACUUGUUUUAUUUUUGGUUUUUCUUACUACAUCUUUGGUUUCAUCUCGAAAAUUGCCAAUAAGCUACGAAGGAUACGGAAAUUAUUUGACCAGGGAUGAACUAGCAUCUUCGCUUGAUCCCAAACCAUCCCGCCCUAAUCUUCGUUCUCUUUCUGUUCCAGAAUUGCCUACUGUGUAUCAAAAACAACUUACUGAAGAAUCACUACUGAAGAGCGUGAAAGAAGGUUUAAACUUAGAACUCACUGAAGAAUCAGUACUGAGUUUGAAAGCAGUUUUAAGAAAGUUAGACGAUUCACCAAUCGCAACGGCUGUGGUGUGUAUUAUUUAUGAGUGGGGUAAAGUCUGCAAAAAAGUUUGAACAUUUUUUAAAUUUCGUAAUUAAAUAAAGAACUUAUAAACUAAA